AUGCGAAUCGCAAGGCUGGUUCAUUACUGUGCUCUCGCUCCAGUGAUGUCCCAACGUGGAGCUGAUGAUGCAACGACUAUUUCCAGUGCUGAGAAUUCUGAUGUCAGACGAGGGAUGUUGAACAGACCGGCCAGAAGACUUGGAACUGAAGAGGGAGAGCUCCCUGUACAGAAAAUAAAACCAAACGUGGUAUCCUGCUUAGACACGUUUGCCCCCUCAGCACUCAAAGUGUUUCAGAGGGGUAACUCAAGUGACUUGGUCCUCCCGAGGUUCCGCGCCCACUGCUCUGAGCAGCGCUCCUCCCAAAACCCACGCCGCUUCACCCGCCGUGGCCGCGAGCCUAAUAGAGCCAUCAGGCCACCCGUGGGGCUGCGUCGCUGCGAGGGUGGUGGUCCCCGGGGCGGCGGGUCACGGCCACUCACGAAACUCGGUCUCGCAGCACCGGCUGAGCAAAGGAAGCGGUACCGGCCAUCCCGCCGCUUCCCGGGGACAAAACCAAACCCGCUCUUCGCGCCGCACUCGGGGAAGUUUCCCUUCCCCGCCGCCUGCCCACAUCCACACACCUCCUCCCGGCACCGGCCAGGACGCUUCUCCCGUGGGCACGCACCGCCCCUCCUGCCCACGCCACGGGAUAUUCCUCCGUGCCAGCACUCCCCUCACGACGGCGGCUCUCCCCUCAGAACCGCGGGCAGCCAGCAGCAACCGGCGGCCGUGGCGCGGCGCAACGAACGGGAGCGCAACCGGGUGAAGUUGGUCAACCUGGGCUUCGCCACCCUGCGGGAGCACGUCCCCAACGGGGCCGCCAACAAGAAGAUGAGCAAAGUGGAGACCCUCCGCUCCGCCGUCGAGUACAUCCGCGCCCUGCAGCAGCUCCUCGACGAGCACGACGCUGUCAGCGCCGCCUUCCAGGCCGGCGUCCUCUCGCCCACCAUCUCGCCCAGUUACUCCCACGACAUGAACUCCAUGGCGGGUUCCCCCGUCUCCUCCUCCUCCUCCGACGAGGGCUCCUACGACCCGCUCAGCCCCGAGGAGCAGGAGCUGCUCGACUUCACCAGCUGGUUCUGA